GGGGGCGGGGCUUAGAGGAGACGGGGCGGGGCUUCAAGGAGACGGGACGUUCAAACCACUCCAUAAAGACAUCCGCCUAUCUCUGUUCAGGCUGGGAGUUUUAAAAAAAAUUAACUACAACAUGCAAAAUAUGAGUCUAGAUUAAGUUACGUAUAAACGCCAGCAUCCAUAGCCGGGUCCGAGCCAAGGUGAGACAGAUCCGAAGAUGCCACGUUGCCUUUGGCGUGUCUGAAGUUGCUAGCACUGCACCAUCUGGACCGGACAGCCACCUCUGCUUCGCUGGACAUCAAAAAAAAUCUGAAGGUGGAAUGAUUUUUCUUAACAUUGUUGUCUAAAGGAGGGGUAUGGCCCUGCGAACAUCUGCUUUUCCCAACUGGUUUGUUGCAGCCAUCCAUGCAAUAGGCUGGGUACUAAUUGUACCUUGUUUUUGGUUUUUGGAUCGGUUUAUUGCUUCAUGGAAAUCCACAACAUUGGAAAAAAGUCUGCGAGAAGAGCAGGAAUGUUACCUUCAUCCUCUGGAGGUGUUUUUCAGCUCAAUCUUAUUUUUUAUUCUUUUUCUGAUUGCAUGUCCCUUUGCCUUCAUCGGCUUCUUACUAUGGGCACCUCUUCAGGCCUGUCGUAGACCCUUUUCCUACCAUAGAGAAACAAAAAUCCCAGAAAAAGAGAGUAACUUUAAGUUGACAGAGAAGACCUCAUUCGGAUUUGCCACUGCUAAUUUGUGUCUUUUACCUGACAGUGUAGCUCGCUUUAACAACCUCGGACACACACAGCGCAGAGCAACAGCUAUUGGUCAACGUAUUGCACAUGGUGUUCAUCGCCCCCAAAUUCGUAUCAUUGUAGAGUCUCCGAGCAGCUGUGGCACCCUCAGCCCUUCUGUUAGCAUACUUUCUGAGGGUAGCUCACCAUGUCCCGAGGCUACAAGUAAACAAAUAGCCCCAGCAGGUGGUACCUAUGGCUCCACAGACAAUCACAACACAGUUACAAAGCCUGCAAAUGUAGAGGCAGUCAUACCGAACAGUGACAUGGACGAUCAAUUGAUAGACUCUCCAACUACCCCGCUAAAUUCAAAUCAAAACUCCAACCAGCAAGACCGACCCCGUGCUCUACUCAGUCGUGGCCACAGCUCAGACGAUAAUAUAAUUUGGGAAAUGUCAUCAUUGUUUCCAACUAAUUUGGAUGUAAUCUGUCUGGAAGAGGUGUUUGAUAAAAGAGCAGCACAAAAGCUCAUAACUGCACUUAAGCCUGUGUUUGGACAUAUUCUGUAUGAUGUUGGGGUGUACGCCUGCCAGCCCCCAUGCAAGUGCUCCACUUUUAAGUUCUUUAAUAGUGGCUUGUUUGUUGCGAGUCGCUUCCCAGUGCUGCAGGCUCAGUUCCACUUUUUCCCAAACAGCCGCGGGGAGGAUGCGCUAGCCGCAAAAGGGCUGUUGGCCACAAAGCUGCUUAUUGGGAAGAAUGAAAGACAAAAGGAUGUGGUUGGAUUUUUUAAUUGCACACAUCUUCAUGCCCCUGAAGGUGAAGGAGUAAUUCGUUGUAUACAGUUAGACAUGGUAACUAAGUGGAUUGCCGAUUUUCAAGCGGCAAACACUGUCCCGGAUGAAGAUGUGGUGUUUGAUGUUCUCUGUGGAGAUUUUAAUUUUGACAAUUGCUCACCUGAUGACACGUUGGAACAAAAUCACUCUCUAUUUGAGAUGUACAUAGAUCCAUGCAGAGCUGGUCCUGGCAAAGAGAAGCCUUGGGUCUCUGGAACUCUCUUGGAGCAGCCCACUUUGUAUGAGGAAGAUGUAAAUUCACCAGACAGUUUGCAAAGAACUUUGGGAGAUGAGAAGUUGAGAAAGCAGUACAUCUCUCCUCCGGUCCCUGCUGCAGGACAACCUUUGGUUUACCCCGAAAAUGGCCAGCCUUGGAUUGGACGCAGAAUUGACUACAUUUUGUACCGCCAAAGCUCACUCUCCAAACACUACAAGACGGAAAUAGAAGAGGUGCACUUUAUAACUCAUUUGGCCGGACUUAUAGACCAUAUCCCUGUCAGUGUCAGACUAGGUAUAAAAAAGGACGUAGAGGACACAGAGAAUAUUGAGGAAUGAAACUCAGGUUUACACAAAUGGGAUAAAAGGGAAUGUACAUGUUUAACAGUAAUUUAUGCUUUAUUUUAUAUUUUAGGAAACUGAAAAUUGUAAGGCCUUUUCAGGCCUCACCACUUUUAUAAAAGUAUUUUUUGUCCUUUUUUUAUUCAGCGUUUUAUACUGAAAUAAAUGGCAACUGAUUUUAACAUGUCAGUUUUUCUAAACGUCACAAAAUAAAAAUGGGAUUUUAUAUUGGAACAA